CAGGGCGGUGGGGAACGAAAGACAGUCAACGGGGUCCGCGUGCACUUAGCAGGCUCGCGGCGAAGGUACCAAAAGAGGGGGGGAGUGGAGAGCGGGUAGAGGGGAACCGCGACGGGGCCCGGACGGUCGAGUUCACUGCCGAUGGACUCAGUAGCUCGUGAGGAGCCCGAUGGUGGAGUUUCGUUCGACCCGUAGUGCUCGCUCGCAGUCGGAGCUAAAGAUAACUGUAAAUCCGCCGAGCGUGUGAAGUGACAGGAUCAACCGCAUGGACAGAGCGUACCGGAACUAUCGGUCCAAUCGAUCAAUGCUUAUGCGCGCGAGUGAUCAAUCGCAAGUCGUCGAUUGCGAGCGCUUCGGAUUUAGCUUGAAGACGCUCGAGACCCCGCUAUGUUUCCGUGAGGAACCUCUCUGGACGGAAUGUGAAUUUUUGGUCGUCGUGUUCGCGAGAAAAAGUUUCAUACAGGACGGGUGGGAUCCUCACGGUGCCAGGACGCGCAGUGGUCAUCAAGCUGUCACGACCGAAUCGACAGUCAGUGAACGAAGCUUCGAAUUUUCUUUAAGUCACCCUCUCUUGCUUUAGGUCUCGGCCUCGAACUCGCCUCGUGCAAACUCGUCGCGGCUCCCGUGCGCGCCUCGUCGCGUCGCGAGCAACCUUGACUGUAGCUUCGCGGUCCGCGGAGCUCGCGCUCGACCGCGAAAUGUAAUGGAAGUGCGAGUGGGGUAGUAAAUCGUGCGCAGCACCCAGCCUCACGAUGCCGAAGAUCUUCCUGAUCAAGAAUCGGCUGCACCAGCAGCAAUUGCGACUGCUGGAGUCGCAGCAUCUCGGCAAGAACGUAUCACUCGGCAGCGCCAGGGACAACCCGCUGGACAGCUCGGCGCCGCAGCCGCUCAGUCUCAUAGUCAAUAAGGAUCAAUACCGCGACAAACCUGAUGAUGACCGUGCGACAAGUCCGGAGUCCUUGUCCAGUAGCAGUCCUACACACUCGCCACUACUAAAAAACCUACCAGUUACUCCGAAAAAUGCUACGAUCAAUACGCGUCCCCGAAGAUUCUUCUCCAGUAUUCUCAACGGAGAGUCGUACGGUAGCAGACUUCAUGUGCUGACCCGGGCGGAGCGGAAGGAUUACAGCAGUCCUCCGAUAGCUUCGGAUGAUCCACCCAAGGUCUUGUCCAAAACCGAGUCAGAGAAGGUCAUCCUCCCGAGGCCGGAGACCCCACCGAAGGCGCCCCAUGUGGAGCCGCCUACUAGGGUCUCGGUUAUUCAGAGGGUACCACCGCAAAGUCAAUCUACUUCUCGGAAGGAGGAAAGUAAGAGCAAAGUCGAGAUCGAAAAGGUCGAUGAAGUACAAGAUCCCGGUCCAGUACAGGAGCAGCCCAUAGAUUACGCGGUGCCGAAGCGCAAGGAAGAAGAUGACGAGAAGGGUCGUGAUGGUGCUUCGGUGUCACGCAAUAUUGGCAACUCCAUCGCACGGUCCCUGCUGGCGGUCAAAUUGUCCGGUUCACAGGUGGUACAGGCGGCUUCACGGCACUCUGAUGGUUCUUCCGGAGGCAGUGGUAAUGCUGGCAGUGGUUCCUCAGCAUCAUCGAACAAUGGAGGUGGCGGCGGAGCUAUGAUCAAUGGAUGCAGUAGUGGAGCGAUGAUCGGAUGCGGCGGUGGCGGUGGUGGCGGUGCCGUGGGUGGUGGCGCGGGUGCGGGCGGCAUGCCUCCCGGUGGCAACGGGGGUCGCGGAAACUACGGGCCCAGCUCACCACCGACGGGCUCCCUGCCGCCGUUCUAUGAGUCGCUGAAGGGCGGCAACAAUCUUGCGAAUUUUGCCAAUCAGUAUAACAGCGCUCAAGGAAAUGGAUAUCUCACACCGUUGACGGCGGUCGGAAUCGAGUGUGAUACCGGCCAGCAGGACGUCAACUCGCAGCACGCGCAGUACAACGCGCAGGAAGGCAAGCAGUACUCUUUACUGCAAAACGUGUGCGCGAACGUUUGCGCCUCUUACGGCCUCACGUUCAAGGAGGAGGAGGAAGAGUUGGCGGCAUACAAGAUUCAGACGAACGAUCUGCUAUCUGGUCAGUACGGCCCGUACGAUGUCACGGACGCAGGUAUGAUGGUGGACAUGGUGACUGGCGCAGUGAUGGACCCUCUGCAGUUCACGGCGGCGACCUUGACCUUUAACUCGCCACCGGACCACACAGCGUUGCUGGAGAGCCUCAGCGACGCCGCGGACCUUCUGCUGCCGAGGUUGCAAACCGAGGACGGCGGCAGUGACCUUCUGGAAGAGUCACUGCACUCGCCCGCGUCAACCGGCAGCAGCGGAACCGGUCAAGACAGCGGUCAGAUGACCACUCCCGUCGAACCUAGCGUUGAUCCUUUCCCCGAGCACAGCAUAGCCUUGACCAGGGGUUUCGAUACUAGACACUACACGACUCCGCAACACUUCAAUGCGUCCAAACUCUCGGGGUUGAGCUACGCUGCAGGUGAAUCCAGUUACCAGUCCCUGCAGAAGGAACGACCGGAGCUCGCUUUACACGUUAAUCAGAAUCAUCAGCAUCAGCAGAAUCAGCAGCUGCAGAUACAAGUGCAGCUGCAGCAACAUCAGCAGAAGCACCAGACCGCCGCAUCGCCGCAUCAGCAACAACAGCAAUCUCAACAGCAGCAACAGCAGCAGCAGCAUCAACAAGGUUUACUGAGUCCUGGAUUGAGCUUCGCUGGUAAUGGUUUAGAACUGGAUUCCGGUAGCAGCGUGGGCGGAAGUCUACCCAGUCCCGGCACAACCAGCUGUUCCCUGGACGGAACAUCAUCCGGCACCUCUCCGUCGUGCGCUCUGGCUGACAGCCACGCACACAGUCCAGUCGUGUCACCCACAGUCGUGAAUGCGGCCCAAUCUUCUGGUGGAGCAGUCAGCGAACCUCAUAUCUCGCAACGGUUGGGUUUGCCGAGCGACUGUCAAAUAGAAUUUGUUAAUGGGGGUCAUGGCAUAAAGAAUCCUCUCGCGGUCGAGGGUCAACGACAGGCGGCGACUAAUCGGGAUGAGGAGAGAGUGAGUCGCACGCCGCCUAGCAAGGAGGAUGAUCCCAGUCGCUUCAGUUGUCGCGUGUGCAGCAAGAACUUCAGCCUUCAGCGGCUCCUAAAUCGUCACAUGAAGUGUCACAGUGACGUGAAGCGUUACCUCUGCACAUUUUGCGGAAAGGGUUUCAAUGAUACGUUUGAUCUGAAGAGGCACACGAGGACACACACGGGCGUGCGACCGUACAAGUGCUACCUUUGCGAGAAGAGUUUCACGCAGAGAUGUUCGUUGGAAAGUCACGGUCAGAAAGUUCACGGCGUUCAGCACCAGUAUGCAUAUAAAGAGCGACGUGCUAAGAUGUAUGUCUGCGAGGAAUGCGGACACACUACGCACGAGCCAGAAGUGCACUAUAUCCACCUGAAGGAACAGCAUCCUUACAGUCCAGCGUUGCUCAAGUUCUACGACAAGCGGCACUUCAAGUUCACCAAUAGUAACUUCGCCAAUAUGUUGCUCCAGAGUGGCCUGUUGCAACGGGACUCGAGGAAUACGGACAGCUGCGGCCUCGCGGAACGGCGGGAGGCGGUCUCGAAGAGCAGUGACGAGUCGCAACAAACCACGAUCAGCUUCUGAAUCGGGAAUCUGUCGGCUCCGGGACCAGGAGAUUGAACGACAUGUUCUUCGUUCGGGCUGAUGAAAUUCUCAGGAAGAGGAAGUGACAUCGCGCGAACCUGCAGGUGGUUCUCACUGAAGGGACUAUGGGAGAGAACUCGCGUGAUGAAGCUUCUACGCAUCUCUUCUUACUUAGUUGUCCGGCAAAGCGACAUUACUGUUGCAAAAGGGGACGAGGGGGCACAUCUGAAGAGGACGCGUAUGUAAUUCUUCGAUCGAUGAAAGGCGAUUUUUAAGCGAUGAUGAAUGUCUUGAGUUUUUAAGCUUUGAUUCCAUAGUGUCACCACUGAGACAAAUGUUUCAAGUGAUAGGAAUUGCUUAAGAACUGAGCGAUCACAUAGGCUCUCUAUUGGACUUGGAUUCCAUCCAAGUUUGGGGAGAAGAGGGACAAAGAUGGGAGGAAGGUAGAAGACAGGCAGAAGGACAAAAGGAAAAAGAAAAGUAGGAAGAACUUACUUAGACGUCGCGAAUGAUGAUGGCGAACGUGAUUUCUCAUAUCACAGUUUCUCUCGCUGAAGAGAAUGUGGGAGAGAACUCGCGUGAUGAAGUUUCUACGCAUCUUUUCUUACUUAGCUGUCCCGCAAAGGUGAUACUCCUCGGCAUUACUGUUGCCGAGGAGGCAUGUCUGAAGAGAACGCGUAUGUAGCGUACUCCUAAUUCUUCAAUCAUGGGAGCCGAUUUUUUGAACGAUGAUGAAUGCUUUGAGAUUUUAACCUUUCAUUCCAUAGUGACUGCACAACAGGAUCGUUAUCAAGCGGAGAACUUCGACGAUCUCCUUGCGGCACUGUAAUAUUUCGACUGUACAUCCGUUUCCUUCAUCCAUCAUUAAACAAUCCUUCAAAUUUCUUAGAUAUUUACAUCUAGUAUCCUCUUAAUCCUUAGCUUUAUGUAGCGAAUUAAUCUAAUGAAAGUUUAGAAUACUGCGACUGAAUGAAUUAUAGUGGACAUGUAUGCGGGUGUGUAGGACACACGUUCACGCGAUUAGAAACAUACUAUAGGUACUAUUCAUGCGCGCGCGCUCACACGCUCAUACCUACACCUACACACAAACAGACAUACGGACACACGUGUAAGUAAUUGCAUAUGUAGAUUUUACAUGGAAUAUUGACGACGCGACGGGCCGGAUGUGGGCGCGACAACGAGCAGACCCAAAGACUCGGAUAGAACGUUUCAGGAAUGCCGAUCACCCUCAGCCACACGCGGCCAGGGGGCGGGAAGAAGUGCACGGUCAUACGGAAGACCUGUUUUUUUUUUUUUUUCUCAGAGAUGUACGGCGAGUUACGUUGCUUUUCGACUCGAUGGGCGGACGCGGACGCGAGAGACGCGAAUCCUUGGCGUCGAUCUGCGCGACCGACGUCGGAGGUUUCCUCGAUCGCGAGUUCCUCGUCAUGAAUCUUUUGUCUUCCUUAAAUCGGAGGAGCGUCGGGACAGAAGUCUGUCUCUCUUUCCCGAGUUGUCGUGCGUUGCAGAAGCGAGAUCACGUUGACAGAGCGACUUUGCGCAUUGUAGAAAUAGGGUUUGAGCUAUCGAUGCCCAGCAAGUCGGUCGUGACGAGAAUAAUUGAAGUAAAGAAAAAGAAAAAGAAAUGUUGCAGACAAAAUCGGGAGGGUCAAAGAGAAAUGAUUGUAACAUGAAACUUGGUCAUGCGGAAUGACUGCGUCUGUAUAAGACUGUUUUCAUAUUACAGACAUUUUACGACUGUUGAUUGACUGUUAACAGAAAAGCUUAAUUUUCGGAGUAUUUUACAAGUGUGCUGAAGCGAUCUGUAGUGUUUUUUAUCAAAAUAUCUUUUUAUUAGAAAAUAGCACGCAAGAAUUCUUAGCGUGUCAUUUCUCGCCUCUGACGUCAUAAUUCAACAGGCGAGGGCAAGGAAAUUUUAUCCUUAAUUUUUAUCCUUAAGGACAAAAGGUUUAUUGUGCUGUGAUUAUAUAGCAGAAAAGAAUAUAGCGAUGUAAAUAUCUUAAAUAUUGUGACAGUCAGAGACGGAGACUUUAAUUCUAAUGAUUCUCGAUACGAUCGAUUUCCCGAAUGUCGAUUGGUACGAUCAGAUGUAUUAACGUCAUCUGGUGCCGGCCUCAAUUUGCAAGGAUAUCUUUGUUAAUCAGUUGACUAGAUAGACUAGACAGAACUGAUGAUGAAAACGAGACAAUAAACCCCCAUACAGCACAAAAGUCCGAGAGACAUCGAAGGGAUGUUUAAAGGACAUUUUAUAUCCUGAGAUAUCCCUACGACGCCCUUCAGACUUUUGUAUGGGAACUUUCUUAACAUUGCACAGUCCUUAGGGCCUUUUCUAAUAGAUUUCUACUAGAACACGCUCUAGUCCGUAUGUGUCCGGCAUCCGACUGCGACGUAUUGUAGAAUAGGCCUUAUUAGCGCACCCGACAGCAUUGAUGCACUAGAUCGUACGCUAUAUGUAUGAUACAUGCAAUGUAACUCUCAAACUGAACCGCACUAUGGGUAAUCUGUGAUAUCAGCACCAAUCGAGACAAUCUCAUUCUCGCUCCUUCACGCACCGGGUUUUUUGUUUCUCCCUUUUUUUCGCUCUUGCACCAAUGGUUUUCUUCUUUCGGGCUCAGGGAAGGGACGGGGCGGCAAGAGGGAUCACGCACCGAUCACACGCACGUAGAUCGAGCUAUAUAUUACACGCACACAAACCGAUACAUCAGUUACACAGAACGGGAUUUCGUGCAAUUUUAAUGGAUUAGGACUUAGGGUUUAGAUUGUAUAUUUCAUGUCGAUCUCUGUCCAUCGGAGGGCAAGAAGCGCGAAGUUUUGGAGGUUUAGGGGUCUUAAGGGGACUCAAAGGCUCACGGUUGGCGGACGAAUUAAUUGCGACCGGGCGAGGGUUAACCCUUUGAAAUGCGACGGCUGCGAUGCCCAAAUCACCUUUUUCUCUGUUCUUCCGCCCCACGUUUCCUGUUUCUUGAAAUUAAUUUGAAACUUCGCGCGACGCUCUGAUUGAUGGGCGGAACCGACAUAAUUCGCGUAACUUUACUCUUCUCUCUUUUCUCUUGUAUUUAUUUUUGUAUCAUAGAUUAUAUAUUUUGUACUGCAAACUCUGAACGGUGUACAUAUGUAUAUAUCGUAUGCAUAGCACUUGUUCUCUCGUAGUCUACACAAACCUCGAGAUGCGCUUUGUCGAAGGGCUGAAAACGUCAUUUUCAAUGCAAAGCACCUCCUGAGGUCUUCCAAUCAUCGGGCGAGCCCUUUAUUCUCUUGGACGCCACCAAUAGCGUAGGUAGAACAGUUCUUCAAGACUGUCCUACCAGUUUUACAGGCCAAUUCCAGAACUUACUCUUACCGGAAUUUAACUCAUUAACUCUUUCAGGACUACUUUUGUACAAAAUAUACUUCUAUUUAUUUGUUUAAUCCACUAAGAGAGUCAUAUGGAAGCUUAUAUUACAAAUUUAUAAUAUUUUUUAGAAUAGGAGGAUUUAUAAUAUUUAUUUUAGUUAACAAGGGCCUUAGGGCUCUGGGACAAAAAUGUCCCUAUGGGGGAAAAAAUCUCUCACUUUUCAGUGGAUUAUUUUUGUACCAAUGGUAAACAAAAAUGAAAAAAAAAAAAUUACUGAGUGGGACAUAUAUAUAUCCCAGUGGUCCUGAAAGGGUUAACGAAGAAAAUGAGAAAUUCAUACUGCGUCCGAUGUCCGAUGUAUGACAUUUAAUCCAACAGGAGAGUUCGUUUUCUAGAGACACGUGACGCAGUGUCAAUUCUCCAUUAACAAGUUAAAGUAAAUUGUGGAACUGGGUCUUAAUCUUCGUUUGUCCUCUCGUUAUUUCACAAGGAAGUUUUCGUUUUAUCGAAAUUGAGGAUACAUACGCUCGCCCGAUGAUCGUGAGAGCUUUUGGGGUAAUACUUCCUAGUGUAAAUAGCGACUACCGAUGUUUUAAUAUAAUUCUUAUUAUACAUAUGCGUAUAAGAUAUGCGUAUUUUCAAGUCCGAUCACUUCGGCGUAGAUGCUGAUGCUCCGCCCAGAGACGCCUGUCUCGACUGUAAAUAUUAUGUUUCAUUAAAUAAAACGGCGGGCGGAAACGGGUACCAAUUAGUCCCACAAUUAUCGUAAUAUCUGACGGCAAUAACGCGCGAAUCCGUGAAGACUGGACGCGCGAGGACUGGAAUCGGGGUACGAACUUCGUGCUCGCACCUUGAAGACAAGAAUACUCAAGGGUGAUGCGCAUGCGAGCGGUACCCCUCGUCGUAUACCGCAAACUUGUGGUGUUGCGUCUUGCAUCUUAUUAUUAAUUUAGGUUCUUAGAUUUAAACGAUAUCCCUGUCCCCCAUUGUUAUUUAAUUUACCUUCAGUAUUGCCGCAAGCAAGUUAGUAGUUAACUGUCUUCUCAGUGGAUCCUUCAGGUCGAUUUCGAAUUUGAUUACUGUCAUUUUCUCCUCCCCAUUCUUUUCUUCGCUUUUGUUCUUAUCCCAGUAGAUUGCAAGUAGAUUUCUUGAAAUUCUGAGAUAUUAAUUCGCAUCAGUUUUAGUAUUUAAUAAUUCGUCAUAUACUAUUAUUAUUAUUAAUAUCAUUAUUAUUAUCAUUAUUUUAUUAUUAUUAAUAUUAAUAUUAUUAUAUCAUUAUAUAAUGUUGAUUACAGAUUCGAUUGACACAAUAUUGAUAUUAUAUUAAUAUUAUUAUUAUUAUGAUGUUAUUUUUAGUAGGAUAAUUAUCCAUGGACAACAAUUUUACAUAUUAAUAAUAAUAAUAAUUUUAUAAGUAGUUCUAUAGAUAGCUAAGAGAUAAUCUUAAAGGAAGACAGUCGUAUAUAAUAUUUAUCAGAAGCGAGGUGGUCCAUGUUGUAAAACAGGCGGAAGAAUGGCUAGUAAAUAUAGUUAUCUGACGUAAUGCGCUUUACCCAAUCAAGAAUACAGAUAUUUCAACUGAUUGAUGAUGAUAAUAUUUCCACGAUCAUUGAUAUAGUUUUCAUUUUCAGAAUUGUUUUAUUAAACAUUAUUAAUUAAUUGCCAAAUUACAAUAAUUGCCGCAUAGAUAUAAUCUGAAAUUUCAAAAUAUCUAUUCGUUCCUAAAUUUUUAUCCGUACGUUCUUUAAUAAUUUUCAACUUUAGUAAAAUCAUUGCUUGCAAAAUGAUUAAUUAACUAAAAUAGAGUUAAAAAUAAUUGAGUUGGAUAUUCUUGGUUUUCUUGGUUGGGCAAAUUUCAUAUUGGAAGUUAUAUUUUAAACAUAUGUCUAAAUUAUAUGUCUAAAUGCGAAUUGAGCGAGUGAUUGUAUGGAUUGAGUGGUAUCGUGGCAUUGUAUUAUGAGGAUACGUGCAUAUGUGUAUGGCAUAAUUUUUGGCUAUAUUUGUGGGGAGCAUAAGAAUGUACAAGCUAUAAGAGUGUACAAUAUAUUGUAAUAUACGGUGCCUAAGCCUAUAUAUAAAAUAUUACAAUUUAUUGUAUAAUGUUGAAAUAAAGGAGUGAAUAAUGCCGAAAGUACAGUUAAAACAAAUGAAUUUACUGUUGUUCGAUAUAUUAUAUUAUGCAUAGACAUAUUAUGAUAUGUCUAUGAUAUUAUGUAUGCGUGUUUCCGAUGUUUGCCAGCUUGUAAAUUCUAUUAGAGUGCGAUUGCAUAUCCGGUCGUGGUGUCUACUUAUUAACGAUCGUUAUUAAUUAUAGCUAAUGACAGAAUGGCAGUUAUGCGCUCUUAUAUCUUUGUGAGAAAUAAUAAAAUUUAUAAUAUUACAUGCACUUUA